AUGAAGAUCGAUAUUCGUUUCAUCUGCACUCUCCUCAUCGUGCUGGCCAUCGCGGCAGCCAUGAGCCCCGCCGCCGCUGCUGAUGCCGACGCUGAUAAACUCGAGAAGAAGGAUAGUAGCUCCCCUCUUGCGGUUGUCCACUGGGAAGAGCCGAGACUUCUGAUUCUGAAUGCCGACCUACUUGAUUGGGUGUACGGCGACCCUCUUGACAGACUGGAUGAAUCCCUCGAGGAAGAUUUCGACGCUUGGGAUGAGAUGCCUUGA